AUGCCACGGUUUCGCAGUUCGCGUAUAUGCGAGUCCACAAGAGACUUGAGAGGACAGACAACCAAAAUUAUUGCAUGGCGAGGGUAUGAGUAUCCUCUUAAGGAAAGGUACUUGCAAACAGCAGGUAACAACUGAAAUAUUAUACACUUUCCAUGUCCGGUUGAUAAAAUGGUGAACACAUCUUUUCAACUCAAAGCGGUGAACAAAGCUUUCUUUUGUUGCUCAGUGAGAUUCAUGAAAGAGCUCAUCAAGUACCGAGGUCAAAAUUUCUUCGAAUAUUCUUUCAGGAACAACAUCUAUGUCAAAAUCUCGAUACAUGGCGUGCCUUUACGUGCCUUGGUCCUGUGCAAAUGUUAUUGCGAGUGCAGUAUACAAACAAUUUUUCUUCCCUGGUAGAGAGAGGCAAAAUUUACCUUCAGGAAUAAGGUGUGAAAAUCCUCAGCGUCCCCUCGGUAGUUACAAUUAAACAAGCCAAUCAAAUUGGUUUGUGUGUCUGAAAAAAUAUCAACCAAUCAAGGCCAAGGUAACCAGAGGUUUUUCUCUCUCUCCUUGUCACUUUUGCGACUCGUUGUCCCCGCUUCGCGGCUUGCUCUUGAUCUCGAAGAAAAAUCAAGAAAAACCUCUGGGACCAGGGUAAGUACUGUAUUUUUGUGUAGCGAAUUUAAGUUAGAGAAUAUUUACUCUGAAGUAAAUUUUUGCGGGAAAAAUGUUUGCAGUAAUUUUUAUUUGCGACAACUUAUUUUUGCUGAUCGUUGGAAAAAUUACAAAAAACACAAAAAUUAGAACCUGCAAAAAUUUUUUGCCACACGGUCGUCAUCCUAUCAAUCCUAUUCACCCCAGUCAUACCAGACACCCUUGUCAUCUCAGUUAUCUCAUCAUCACAGUUUUUCUAGUUAUCCUUGUCAUCACAGUCAUCUCAGUCACCUAGCUAAGUCAUCCUAAUCAUCCACGUCAGUCCUGUCAUCCCUGUGACUCCAGUUACCUAGUCAUCCCAGUAACCCUAGUCUCCCCUGUCAUCCUAGGUAUCCCUGUCAUCACAGUUAUCACAGUCACCAUAGUUAUCUCAAUUAUGUUAUCACUCCAUUCAUCCCAGUCGCCCCGGUUAUUCUACUUGUCCUUUUCAUCACAAUCGUCCUUGUCACGCCUGGUAUAACAGUAAAUCAAGUCAGCCUAUUCAUCCUAGUCAUGCUAGUUGUCCUAGUCAUGCCAGUCAUCCCAACCAUCCAAGUCAUCUCAUUAAUACUCAUCCUAAUCCUGCAAGUCAUUCCAGUCAUCCAAAGCGUCCCAGUCAUCCCAGUCAUAUUAGUCAUCCCAGUCAUCCCAGCCAUCCAACUCAUCUAAUCAAUAGUUAUCCUAUUCAUCCUAAUCAAGCAAGUCAUCCCAGUCAUCCAAGUCAUCCCAAUCAUCCCAGCCAUCCAAGUCAUCUCAUUAAUAGUCAUCCUAUUCAUCCUAAGAUUUUCAUUCAAGUCAUCCUGGUCAUCCAAAUCAUCCCAGUGACCCCUGUCAUCCCAGUCAUGUUCUCAUCAUAGUUAUUCUAGUCGUACCAGUCAUCCCAGUCAUCCUUGUUAUCUCAGUUAUCCCAGUAACCCUAGUCAUCCAAGUCAUCCUAGUAUCCCACUUAUUCCCUUCAUCCUAUUCAUCUUAGUCACCCCGGUGAUCCCACUUGUCCUAGUCAUUCCCUUUAUCCUUGUCAUCCUAGUCAUUCCAGUCAUUCCAGGCAUCAGAAUCAUUCCAGUCACCCCUGUCAACAUGGUCAUCCGAGUAACACUAGUCAUCCUAUCGAUCCUGGUCAUGAAAGUCAUUCCAGCCAUCCUAGUACUCCCACUUAUCCCAAUCAUCCCAGUCACCCUAGUCAUCUCAGUUAUUCUACCUAUCCUUUUCAUCCCAGUCACCCCUGUUAUCCUAGUUAUUAUAGUUAUCCCAGCAGCAUUGGUCGUCCCAGUCAUCCUGGUUAUCUCAGUUAUCACAGUUACCCUAGUCAUCCAAGUCAUCCCAGUCAACCUAGUCACCCAAGUCAUCCCAAUCAUCCUAGUCAUCACAGUUUUCCCAGUCAUCACAAUUAUCCCAGUCGUCCCAGUCACCUUAGCCAUCCCAGCCAUCUGUGUCACCCUAGUCAUCCUGUUCAACCCAGUCCUCCUAGUCAUCUCAGUAAUCUUAAUCCUUCUAGUCAUUCCAGUCAUCCAGAUCAUUCCAGUCAUCCCAGCCAUCCAAGUCAUCUCUCUAAUAGUCAUCCUAUUCAUCCUAAUCAUGCUAGUCAUCCUAGUCAUCCCAUUCAUCCUAGUCAUCCCAGCCAUCCAAGACAUCUCAUUAAUAGUCAUCCUAUUCAUCCUAAUCAUGCAAGUCAUCCUGGUCAUCCAAAUCAUCCCAGUGACCCCUGUCAUCCCAGUCAUCCUCUCAUCAUAGUUAUUCUAGUCAUACCAGUCAUCUCAGUCAUCUUGGUUCUCUCAGUUAUCCCAGUGACCCUUGUCAUCCAAAUCAUUCCAGUAUCCCACCCAUUCCAUUCAUCCUAGUAAUCUUAGUCAUCCUGAUGAUACCACUCAUCCUAGUCAUUCCCUUUAUCCUUGUCAUCUUAGUCAUUCCAGUCAUUCCAGGCAUCCGAAUCAUUUCAGUCAAUCCAGCUAUCCUAGUCAUCAUAUUCAUCCAGUCAUACCAGACACCCUUGUCAUCUCAGUUAUCUCAUCAUCCUAUUCAUCCCAGUUUUUUCUAGUCAUCCUUGUCAUCACAGUCAUCCCAGUCACCUAUCUAAUUCAUCCUUAUUGUUUGUUUGUUUAUUUUUUCCUCCAUUUUUUAUUUUACGAGCCAUUUAUAUUGUAUUAUGAGACUGAAGAAUUAAAGAUGCUAUUUCUAGAAUUAAAUAUCAGGUUACAAGAAUAAAUGGACAGGGCAGGAUAUAGUUAAACUAAUUACUUGCCCUUUGAUUAAAGUACAGUUUUAUUUAGGUUAAAAGAGAAAAAAAGAGAAAAGUACAAACCCUAUAAACUAUGAAAAAUAUACAAAAGAGAGGAAAAAAGAAAAGCACAUACACACACACAUAAAAAAUGUAACAUUUGAGAGUCGGUGUGGCUAUGAUUAAUACUGAGCAAGAUAAUAGUUGAAAAGUGCUCUUUUAAACAAUGUUUUAGUUGUUUGUUAUCCCAGUCAACUCAGUCUUUCUCAUCAUCCCAGUAAUCCUAGUCUUCCCAGUCAUUCAAGCCAUCCCAGUCACUCCCAUCAUCCCUGUCACCCCAAUCAUCCCAGUCAACUCAGUCCUUCUAGUCAUCCCAGUAAUCCUAGUCUUCCCAGUCAUCCCAGUCACUCCAGUCAUCCCAGUCACUCUAGUCAAAGUCAGAGUUCACAUGCACCUAUUAACUCCUUGAAAGUAGUCCCUGUAUUUCAGUGCUUACUUUAUCCAACCCAGAUUCUCAAGUGCCUAAAAGGAGCAAACACACAGAGACCUUUAGGAUAAAAAUUAAAAUUGCAGUGAUGUUGUGGAAGAACCUAAAAAAUGACAUAUACUCAAGGCUAUGAUUGGAAUCCUUGAAGAAAAGGAAAUUUGUCCUUGAAAAGUCCUUAAAAAGUCCUUGAAUUUUUUGUUCAAAACAGGAUACGAACCUUGCAACCAAGUCAUCCUGCAGUCAUUCUAGUCAUCCCUGUCAUCCCAGUGACUCCCUGUCAUCCCAGUCAUCCUCUCGUCCUAGUUACUCUGGUCAUACCAGACAUCCCAGUCAUCCUGGUUAUCUCACUUAUCCCAGUAACCCUAGUCAUCCAAGUCAUCCUGCUCAUUUCAGUUACCCUAAUCAUCUCAGUCAGCCCAGUUAUCCCAGUCAUCCUAGUCAUCUUAUUCAUCCCAGUCAUACCAGACACCCUAGUCAUCUCAGUUAUCUCAUUGCUGUAGUCAUCCUAGUCACUCAAGUUCUUUGACGUAUCCUUUUCAUCACAGACAUCCCAGUCACCCCUGUCAACAUAGUCCCAGGUGUCCUAGUCAUCACAGUAAUACUAGUCAUCCUUUUGAUCCUGGUCAUGCAAGUCAUUCCAGCCAUCCUAGUAAUCCCAUGUAUCCCAAUCAUCCCAGUCACCCUAGUCAUCUCAGUUAUUCACCUAUCCUUUUCAUCCCAGUCACCCCUGUUAUCCUAGUUAUUCUAGUUAUCCCAGCAGCAUUGAUCAUCUGAGGCAUCCUGGCUAUCUCAGUUAUCGCAGUUACCCUAGUCAUCCAGGUUAUCCCAAUCAUCCAAGUCCUAGUAUACUAGUCAUCCCAAUCAUCCUAGUCAUCACAGUUUUUCUAGUUAUCCCUGUCAUCACAGUUAUCCCAGUCAUCACAAUUAUUCCAGUCGUCCCAGUCACCUAAGUCAUUCUAAUCAUUCCAGUCACCUUAGCCAUCCUAGCCAUCUGUGUCACCCCAGUCAUCCUGUUCAACCCAGUCCUCCUAGUCAUCUCAGUAAUCUUAAUCCCCCUGGUCAUUCCGGUGAUCCAGAUCAUCCCAGUCAUUCCAGUCAUCCUAGCCAUCCUAGUUAUCCCAGUCAUCACAGUCAUCCCAUUCACCCUUGCCAUCCUAAGCAUCCCAGUCAUUCUAGUCAUCCCAGUUACCCCACUCAUACCAGGCAUCCCAGUCACCUCAGUCAUCUUAGUCAUCCCAGUUAUCAAAGUUAUUCAGGUCACCCUGGUUACCUCAUUACUCAUCUUAUUCUUUGCAGUCAGUCUUGUAGUCUUUUUAAGGGAUGCACAUGUGCACCAUGUGUUCUUCCUAUGAAACCAUUUACAUUUGUGACUCAAUCUUAGACAUUGAACUACUGGUACAUCCCUUGCUUAACUGAAAAUGAAUUCUUAUUUUUUCUUAGGCUGAAAAGAACAACAGAUUUGGCAAAGUAGUCAGCGACUCAGUCAUCAAUGCCUCCAUACAGGAGUUCAAAAGCCAACAGUGA